CAGCCAAUAGCAGGAAGCAGUUGGGUGGUUGGUCCUUGCUGUGGCUGCGCCCGGGACCAGCGCUGUGGUUGAACACCGGGGAGUGCAGAGUGCGUGCCCGUUAGUUACUUAGCCAAUAAGAGAGGGGCCGAUGGGCAAGCCGGCGGCCAGCGGUCACUGCAGCGCCAGGCCCGAACGUGCUUCCUCUAUGGCUGGACCAGACCUUUAACAGUCAUGGCGGGGCUAAUCGGGUCAGGCCAGAGAUGCUCCCUGCGUUGUGAUCGCCGAGGAAAUCCAAGUCCGCGUAGAGAAACCGCCGCCCUCGGUAAGCGGCCUGGACCAAGGGAGGUAGCGCUCCCGUUAGUCAGAGAGCCAAUCAGAGUGGAACAAGCCAAGCCAACGACCAAUAGCCACCCCGCCUCGUGGCCAAACGUAUUUCUCCUCUGAUUGGGCGGUGUCCGUGCCAAUCACAGCGGGAGCCACGGAAUCUCGGCCAGUAGCAAGAAGCGCCUGGUUCCGAUUUGCGGCGCCGGGUCCACGCGGUGCUUGCGAUCGAGGUCGGCGCUUGGGGUGGGAUGUGUGUGUGUGGGGGGGAUCAUCACCUCCCCUUAAGCCAAACCCUCGAGCGGGCCGGCGUCGCGCGCGCUGCUCAGCCAGAGAGCCAAUCAGAGUUGGGCAAGCCCGUGGCCACUGCGGCUGGAGGCCGAACUGUUUCCUCUGUGAUUGGGCGAGCCUCCUGACAAUCAGGGCGGAGCCAGCGGAGGCUCGGCCAAUAGCAGGAGGCGGCCGGGUCAGCCCUGCGACGAACUGUAGGCGCGGUGGUCGUGAGAGUGUCGGGAGGCAGCACACCCGGCAUCCUACCUGCGCGCAGGCCCUCGGCGUCUAGCGCCCGCCGGCGGCCCAUCUCGUCAUGUCAGGCCCCGCUUGGAUUUAGUUCUUCAGGCCUCCGCCCACCCGCCCACCCGAAGCCGCGCCCACCGCCCAGAGCCAGAGGGAUGGUGGUUGUCACCGGGCGGGAGCCAGACAGCCGUCACUCGGACGGUGCCAUGUCCAGCUCCGAAGCCGAAGACGACUUCCUGGAGCCGGCCACUCCUACGGCCACGCAGGCGGGCCACGGGCUGCCCCUGCUGCCCCAGGAGUUUCCUGAGGUCGUCCCCCUUAACAUUGGAGGGGCUCACUUUACCACGCGCCUGUCUACCCUGCGGCGCUAUGAAGACACCAUGUUGGCUGCCAUGUUCAGCGGGCGACAUUACAUCCCUACAGACUCCGAGGGCCGGUACUUCAUUGACCGAGAUGGCACACACUUCGGAGAUGUGCUGAACUUCCUGCGUUCGGGGGACCUGCCACCCCGGGAGCAUGUACGAGCUGUGCACAAAGAGGCCCAGUACUAUGCCAUUGGGCCCCUCUUGGAGCAGCUGGAGAACAUGCAGCCACUGAAGGGCGAGAAGGUGCGCCAGGCCUUUCUGGGGCUCAUGCCCUAUUACAAAGACCAUUUGGAGCGGAUCGUGGAGAUUGCCCGGCUGCGCGCAGUCCAGCGGAAGGCCCGCUUUGCCAAGCUCAAAGUCUGUGUCUUCAAGGAAGAGAUGCCCAUCACCCCCUAUGAGUGUCCACUCCUCAACUCCCUGCGCUUUGAGCGGAGCGAGAGUGACGGACAGCUUUUUGAGCAUCACUGUGAAGUGGACGUGUCUUUCGGGCCCUGGGAGGCGGUGGCUGACGUGUAUGACCUGUUGCACUGUCUGGUCACGGACCUGUCAGCCCAGGGCCUCACAGUGGACCACCAGUGCAUCGGGGUGUGCGACAAGCACCUUGUCAACCACUACUACUGCAAACGCCCCAUCUAUGAGUUCAAAAUCACAUGGUGGUGAGCAGUCCUGCUAGGCAAGAGCCCCGUGAAGGAGGCUGUCCGUCAGUCCUCUCGGGUGGCUCUGGGAGUCUGAUCCCCAGAGGAGCUGCUGACUGUCCCAGAACCUGCUGAGGUGAGGACAGAGUGUGCUGAGGCACAGAUGCAAAGGCUCGGGUGCUGCUGCGGUCUCCCUGGCUCGGCGACCUUGGGGACUCAGUCUGCUCUCACCCGGUCUUUUCCUGGAGGCAUGGCGGCAGUCUUCACUGGAGGCCACGGGACCUAGUGAGGACGUUACUGGGAGUCCAGAGAGGUUUGAUACCUUCUUGAUACUAUGCAGGAGUGCUUCUGCCCAUGUUAGAGCCAUGUCAUCAUUUUCUCGAACAUUCCUGUGCCCGGUGUGUUAGUCGGAAUAAGGAGUGCGGUAGGGAUUUACCCAAGUAUCACCCUGUAGCCCUGGCCAAAGAAGAGAGAGUCCCCUCCCUCCCAGUGUGCUUCUUGCUCUUCUGGUGACUGAAGCACCUUGUCUUAGAUGUGGAAAGAUAUAUCCUGUGCUCCCAGACCAUGCCUGUCACCUUCUCUUUGAGAUUAACCACAGCUGCCAAAGCCAUGUACCAGUUGGGCCUUAGAAAACAAAAAACCCACAGUGUUUACAGCCCUGCCCUGGGGCUUUGGCUUUACCUUCCUUGCACAGUCUCAGAGGACUGACGAUUCCCCAAGUCAGGCAGACACGGAGUCUAGUUCUCGGGGGUCCAGACCACGGCUGGCUGGCAAGUCUUGUGUUAGGAUCCAGUGUGGUGAACCUGCACAAGGGACGACACCCUCUUUCUUUGGUAUUGUUUCUUCAGGGUUGGGGGUGAGGAACCUCAGUCGUGGGUUGGAGGCACAGCCAUCCUUGGGGCUGAAGGUGAUGGAAGUAGACUUACGUGUGCUACUUCCUGUUUCGGAGAGAGAGAACCGUCCACAAUAAUUUUUCUCUUCAGUCAGGGUGCAACAUGGAUCCCCUAAAGAGAGAGUUGUGUAGCUCUCCUCUGAGAGCAUUGCAUGUCCAGGCUGCACAAUGGGUAAUCAUGGGUAUCCUUGACCAUUCCUGGAUAGUAUUUUUUUUUAAUUCAACUUUUUCUUUAAUGUAAGGAAUUGUUAAGGGCAGCACCACCAAUAUCAGUCCUGUAGGAUCAGAGUGGUCCAGUGAGGCACUUGGGGGUUAAGAGCAACCACGUGCUUCGGAGAACUAGAAGGCCAAGGCCUGGGCACUGAGCUAAAUUCCUACAUGCAGGUGGAGGGCAAUGGCUUCCCCGGGCUCUGGUGGGAACACAUGGUUUUGAAUUUGUGCUUUACUCUGAGUGUAACAGAGGUAGAGACUGAGGUCCAAGAGGGAGUGAGUAGCAUCAUCUUCCAGGACACCGGCUCUCCUGUUCUCCUCAGCAAAUAAUAGGAUCUUCUGGGGUGCUGAUGCCCCUACUUGGCGCUUAGCCCCCUAACACCAUGGCUCUGACCUUGUCGUAGCAAAGAAGUUCUUUAUUUAAAUAGAUUUUAUUUUUAUUUUUUGGACAGGGUCUCAUGUAGCCCAGGUUGGCCUCAAAUUAGCUCUGUGUUCCUUUCUUAUUUAAUAGCUAGUGAAGCACACUAUUGAGGAUGAUGUCCAUAUGAGUAGAGAGCCGACAGGUAACCUAGGGCUUUUAGGGACUGGGCCUGGGACUCUUUCCGUUCCUGUCGUACAGUCCUUCAAUGCUUGGAACUUUAGCGUCCACAAACAUAAGACAGAGAAAACUGAUCUGCUCAAAAACCAGGCCCAGACUGUGUGCUUAAGGUCACAAAGAUUCUGGGGAAAGAUAUUGUCUCUGUGGCUUGCUGGAGACACUUUUCCCGUCCCCCUUUAUUCUCAGGAUGAUGUUUUGUGUCAUUGUGACAAGAAAGCUCCAGGCUACUGGCCGGGCAGAGGAGGGGCACCCGAUAACCAGCUCAGAAUCGUCUCCCCUCCCCUUUCAAUUCCUUUUUUUUUUUUUUUUUAAUAGUUGAUGUUUGCAAUAUUAGGGCAGACCAUGUACUGAAUCUUCUUGUGUGUGUGUGUGUUUUUAAUAACAAACCCUUUGCAUUUUUAAGCCACUGACUUCUGUACUUUCUUGCAGCACAGAAACUUUUCUUUGUACUAAAAAAAUAUAUUUAUUAUAAUCACAGUUCUUCCUUGACUAGUGAAAUAGAAAUAUGGAAUAUGAAAUAAAGCAAUAUAUAUUGGGA